CCCACCUUUAUAAGGAGCAGAGGACCUCCCUUCUCCAGACACAGACAUGGAGACCUACAGGUUGAUCACCUCCCUCUCCCUCAUCCUGCAGCUGCUGUCCCGGGUCAGCUCACCCGCUACAGUGGAGGAGAGCCCAGAGUUCUGGAGGUCUCAGGCCCAGCGGACCCUGCAGGCUGCCCUGGACCGGACCCCCAACACCAACGUGGCCAAGAACAUUGUGUUAUUCCUGGGAGACGGCAUGGGAAUCACAACGUACACGGCAGCUCGUAUCUUGAAGGGCCAGCUGCAGAACCAGAGCGGGGAGGAGACCGUCACCAACAUGGAUACCUUCCCUUAUGUUGGCCUGGCUAAGACCUACAGCGUCGACUUCCAGAUCCCGGACAGCGCUGCCACGGCGACGGCCUACCUGUGCGGAGUGAAGACCAACUUGAACACCAUCGGCGUGAGCGCGGCCGCCCGCAACGGCGUGUGCCGCUCGCAGAAGGGCAACGAGGUCACCUCCAUCCUGCGCUGGGCCAAAGAUGCCGGCAAGGCGGUGGGCAUCGUCACCACCACCCGGGUGCAGCAUGCCACCCCCGCCACCAGCUAUGCCCACAGCGCCAGCAGGAAGUGGUACAGCGACGCUGACCUGCCCGCCUCCGCCAGGACCAACAACUGUACGGACAUUGCCUCGCAGCUCCUCAGCAACACGGACAUUGACGUCAUCAUUGGGGGGGGCAGGAAGUACAUGACCCCCAGGGGCACCCGGGACCCCGAGUACCCCCGGGACUACUCCUCCAGGGGCCGCAGGAAGGACGGACGCCACCUCAUCCAGGAGUGGCAGAGCCUGAAGGCCGGCAAGGUAGCGCAUUACGUCUGGAACAAAACUGACUUUGAUGCAGUUGACCCUGAAACAACCGACUACCUUAUGGCCCUGUUUGAACCCGGGGACAUGCACUUCGACCUGGAGAGAGACCCCCUCAUGGACCCAUCCAUUGCUGAGACCACGGAGAAGGCCAUCCGCAUCCUCAGCAGGAACCCUAAUGGCUUCUUCCUACUGGUGGAGGGAGGCCGUAUCGACCAGGCCCAUCACGCAGGCCGCGGCUCCAUGGCGCUGCACGAGGCGGUGGCGUUGGACCGGGCCGUGGGCAAGGCCCUGGAGCUGACCAAUGAGGAGGAGACCCUCAUUGUGGUGACGGCGGACCACUCCCACCCCCUGGUCAUCAACGGAUACCCCUUCAGAGGGAACAGCAUUUUGGGUAAAUCCCCCCUGUGGGCCUCGGACAUGAUGCCCUUCACCACCCUGAUGUACGGGAACGGACCCGGGAACAAGAUGGAGGGAGGGAAGCGCCCCGACAUCCGUAAGGUCGAUACAAAGACCAGCGGCUAUGUCCAACUGGCGGCCGUGCCGCUGAAGUCGGCCACGCAUGGGGGUGAGGACGUGGUGAUCCUGGCGCGCGGGCCCAUGGCCCACCUCCUCCAGGGGGUCCACGAGCAGAGCUACAUCGCCCACGCCAUGGCUUACGCCGCCUGCGUGGGCACAGACCGCAGGCACUGCGCCGCCAGACCGGCUGUUGCUGCUGCCCGCAACCAAGCAGGGCCAUGAGAGAGAGAGAGAGAGAGAGAGAUGAAUAGAAAGAGUACCCCACAUUUUUUUAAAACCUCAGGAUUGAGCUUGAAAGCAUAUGUGUAUGCCGCAUUAAUGAUUCUGGCAUUCUUCCAGAGUGUACCUCUGUUGUUUAUGUAAAUGACAAAAUGUGUAUUUCACAACCCACUGUGAGGAGAAGAUCCUAUGAUGAGUUGAAUGUAUUUUUCCAACAGUGUCUCUUAUUGCAUGCUCGUAAAGUAGUGUUUAAUGUGCGCAGAGAAGCAUCUGAACUCGAUGACAUCACACAGGAGGCAAUUCAUUAUUCAACAUAUUAAAACAUCAUCUUUUUAUGUCUCUCAUUAA